AUGAGACUCUCCGUUUUCCUUCCCCUCGCGGCCUUUCUCACCAUGACCGCCGCUGAGAUCGCUCACAAGGUCACAGAGGUCAGCACCUGCUUGAACCGCUGCUUAAACGAGGGCGCCGCCGUCGCCGGAUGUAUUUCCCAGUGGGACACGGACUGUACCUGCACUAGUCCUGCCUUCAAGGACACGGUGCAGAUGUGUUUGACGAUCUCGUGUACUCCCAAUGAUGUUACAGCCGCUGGAGAAGUACACAAGGAGCGCUGCCGUGCUACUCGCUCGGCUCCUACCGGUGCUGGUGAGAAGCCCAGCGGCGAGAAGCCCACUGGUGAAGAGUCCAGCGGCGAAAAACCUACUGGCGAGAAGCCCACUGGUGAAGAGUCCAACGCUGAGAAACCCAGUGGCGACAUGCCCAGCGGUAUGCCCACCGAAUCUGAAUAA